UUUUUUAUUCUGAUGAUCUUUCCCAACAAGCAACACGACACGAGAGAGCCUUCCGCACAAAAAUGGUUCAGCAACCAAACAAACCAAAUGACGCAUCAUCCAAACAGAGUCUUUGUAUAUAGACACGUGUCACUCUCUCGUUCUUCUUGACUUGUCAUAUUUUUUUUUUUUUGCUUACAAAAUAUAGAAGAAGCUCUUGUGUCGUCGUCGUCGUCGUCGUCCUCUACGAAUUGGUUAUCAUCAACAUGAAGACCAUUCACCAUAUAGGCAUUAACGCAAAUUCAAAGAUCAUCAACAUGAAGACCAUCUACACAGGUUUUGGGUUUAUUUUUUUGGCUUACUUUUGCGGAAAAAAUCGCGAACGAAAUAAUGCACACAAGCUGUUCGACAGAAAUCCUCAAUGGCCAAUUGGGUUUCUUUGUUUGUUUUUUUAUGAAGUAUCGUGGCGUCACGUGGCUCUCACGAGCCAGCGUCUUCGAGACCUUGCGGUUUAUAAGCGGUUAUUAUAGUUCCCGCCUCUCACAAAUCUCCCUGAAUCAUAUAAUCACGUUGGAGUAGAGACCAAGAAACACACAAGAAUCUUGAGAAAUCGUUACUAUGGAGUUCAAGGAUUUUGAUGAGCUCUACGACGAUGCUACAAAUCACGUCGCUGAUGGAAACGACGUCAAGGCCUUGGAGAUACUUGAAGAUUUGAUUUUUGUCCAUAAGCAACCCGAGGACUUAAGUACUGUUCAUCGCGAUUUAGGUUAUAUACUCUUAGAACUAGCGAAAACAGAAGAGAACCCUGACUUGAAGUUCGCAUAUAGGUUGGGUUCCGUGGAAUGCUUUGAAAACGCUGAGAUAUCAUCACUCUCUGCAUCUUCUCUCUGCCUUUUAGCCCAACAACUUGAGUCAGUGAUGUAUGCCAAGAAAUGCCUGAGCAAAGCGAGAGAAGGUAUAAAAUUUUGUAGCAAUGAGGACUUGAAAGAAAUGGAGGAAAAGGAUAAAGGAAUGAUGACUUUAAUAGGUAAAGCAGAGUUCAUCAUCGCUGAGUCCAAGUCCAAGGCUUCUUCUACAAAGAAGUGCGAGCUACUAACUGAUUUGGAGUCAAAGAAGAGUCCAGAGCCGCCGCUUAAGCAUGAGUAUAAAGGACUGAGGUCGUAUUGGUUAGGUUUGGAUGUUAAGAUGAAAAGGGACUUUAUGAAAGUAAGCGUAGCAAAUCUUUUACGUUUUGUCGAGGGAGUAGAACAUUACAAAGCGGAGGGACGAGAUGCUUUGGAGCAAGUACUCGCUUCUGCAAGGGAAGACAUUAAAUGGACAUUCUGGAUGUGUAGAACUAAAUGUUUGAAGAAGUUCUCUAGUGCUGAAGAAUGUAGGAAUCAUUUUGAACAAGAACAUGCUGCAGAUUUUAAAAUUUCAUCACAAAAGGGUAAGGUCAUGAGGAUAGGAAAAGAUUGGGCUCGUAAGAUAUCUGUUGGAAGUUGGGAACCAGUAGACGCAAUAGCUGCCGUUGAAAUGAUCAAGAACCGGCUCGCAGAUGUGAAAGUGUUUGCAUCUAAGAAUGGAUGGUCCAAAGAAUGGCCUAUCGCUGUGGAUGAAGAGCGGAGUAAGUUACUCAAGGAAAUCAAAUUGCUCCUUGUCUCGUUUUGUAACCUUAAAAUUCUCUCAUGUAGCAUCCGAGACUGGGUGAUGCGUUUUCCGGUUAAGCAUCUUGGAAAACUUGAAGUUUCUGAACAGAAUCUUGUCGAUUAUCACCUAGUGGAAACACCUCAGAGUAUAUGUUUUCUAGAAUGCCAUGAACUCAAUCAAAUCCUAGGCUUUCUUAAAACCAUCAAGUGUGAAAGGGAUGAUGGUACAGAUCUGGUUUGCAGAGCAGUGGACAGCGUCUUGGCUCGUACUCAAGUUAAAGAAAAGAUCGACUUUGAUCCUCAGUAUUCGUAUCUGCUUCUGGAUAAAAGACUGCUGAAAAACAAUGAUGCUCCAUUUGAUGAUGAAGGAACAAUCAACGUUUAUAAUCCAAGUGCUCACUACGCCAAGGCACAUGCUCAUGGAGAUGAUAUCAUAUCCUGGUUAACUGACUAUAAUUCAGUGGAUAAGACUUUUCCCAGACCUAUCAGGGAACACAAUUUUGGUAUCUGGGUGGCUGUUCUGAAAGCUGUUCAGUUCACAUGUAGGACUCUGAGAAUCAAAUAUGCAAAGAAAGUGCAGUUCUUGAUUUUUGAUAAAGCUCUUAAUGUUGUUGAGAAUAUUUGUACGCUUGAAGAUGAAAGGAGAAGGAAUCUGCCGGAAGACCAGUGGAGCUUAUAUUCAUCUCUUGUAUGUGAUUUUUGUGAAAAGGAAGUUCCUGAAGAUUCCCUCCCUACAAAAGUGUUGUACUUGUGUGCAAUACGAGAUGUCCUGGAAGGAGCAUUGCAUCCGACGUUUGAUUCCCCUGAUAUAGAAGAUUGCUUGAAUCUUAUACGUGAGCGUAAAACUCUCAGUGACAACAAAGUGUUGAAGUCCGUAGGCCUUCUCAAAUCAGUGGUCACCCAAAAGAUUCUAUUAGNAACUGGGNAAAUUUUGCUGAUUGAUAAUUCAAGGAUUAGAUUGCUAAACAGCCUCACGAAGCUUUCUGCUUUUGACAACCGCACUUAUAUCCUUCAACUCCUGAAACCUUUUUUGCUGAAUGAAAUUGUGAAUAUGGAGUCCAAAGCCAAGGCAGAUGCAGCAUAUGCAGCAGAAGCAGAUCUUUUAAUCGAGGAGGAGAAGAAGACGCCACAAUCAAAAAAGAAAAAUAAUAAAAGCAAAGAGGACGAAAUUGAAAACAUGGAAUCCAAAGCAAAAACAGAUGCAGCAGAAGCAGAUCUUUUACUCGAAGUGGAGAAGAAGCCACAAUCAAAGAAGAAAAAUAAGAAAAAUUCAACGAGCAAGUCUAGACCGCGUGAUAAGACUGUUGAAUAUAAACCUUCUGUCAACCUUGAAUCGGAAAGUACAUCUUCAUCACUCAAAACGAUGGAAGAAGAUUCUAUGGAACCAGGAGAUGCUCUAGGAAAUGAAAUUCAAGAGGAAGAGCAUCACCAACUAGACCCUGAUUUGCAAAACCUUGGAGAAGAUUCAGAGCCAGCAGCUGCAGAAGCUACAACCAGAUACAAUUCAGCUUUUGACGUGACGCUAAAGGCCCUCUUGAACAUUAAGAUUUUCAAAGAAGAUUUGAUGCGCAAUAGGAAACCAUUUCAUGACCAAGUUCCUUCUGCGCUACAAAAAUUCUUUGACGCUUUUGUGUCGGAGGUGAUAAAAAAUGAUGAGGGAAUCUACAGUGGCCUGUUGAGCGACUUACUUGCUUACCUAGAAGAGGUUCAUUACAUGUCAAGUAAAGCUGCUGAGGUACUUGUAGCCAUCCUUGAGUUUUGGCAUUGCUGGAAAAAUCCAGAAAGAGAAAGCUUGGUAACUCGCCUUUUCACGUUGGAGGAAAAUGAAAAAAUGAGUUGUACCAGAUGCAGAAGGAAGUCAAAUUAUCCACAGCAACGUUCUUAUGGCAUUGUUAUGGCUGCAGAUUCAGUCAGAGACCUAAAGUGUGCUCUUGGGAAUAUGGAGUUUGUGGAUAUCAUUAAGGUGAUCCGCAUGGAAUUUAAAAUGUUCUGUGACCUUAAAACAGGAGGAUGUGGGAAGACAAACAUUGUUCAUCACAUUAUAAGUAAACGCCCACCUAUCUUCAUAAUCGUUUUGGAAUGGGAGAAGAGCGAAACUGAGAAAGAAGUAUUUGAAACAACAAAGGCUUUGGAGUGGGAAAUAGACAUCAGCAGGCUAUAUGAAGGCGUGGAACCAAACACCAACUACCGGCUUGUGUCAAUGGUUGGUUGUGGUGAAGAAGAAGAAGAGCACAUUUGCAUAGUAUAUGAAAAGAACCGGUGGGUCAAACUCAGACGCACUGCUUUUGAAGGAGAGGUUGUUGGUAACUGGAAGAAUGUGGUCAGAUACUGUGGAGAAAGGAAGGUCCGGCCAGAGAUUCUGUUUUAUGAAGCUGUCCCAUCAAUGGCCUAACAAGUGUGUAUCAAAUUUAGAAAACCAAAAUCAUCAGAAGUUGUUGUAUACUCUCUUUAACUUGAGAAUACGAUUCUUUCUUU